AUUUUUCGAUAAAGAUUUAAAAUGAACAUUCGACCGUUCAGUGAGAAAGAGUAUAAUCAGCUCAUUAAGCCUAUUAUGCUCACCGCGAAAAUUAUUUCAAUCUGGCCAUUAGCGGAAAAUAGCAGCACAGGAACGAUAAUGCUCAGAAGAUUUCAUCUUUUUAGCAUGUUUUUCUUGGUGGUAGUAAUGUCGUUAGCUGUGACGGCCGAUGUGGUUCACAAUUUAGACGACUUAGACGAAGCAACCGAAUGUGCCCUGAUUUGUACAGCCUUCUAUCUUUGCGUCGUUCGUUUGACGGUUUACACGAUUCAUCAGAAGGAUAUGCUCUACGUGGUGAAUACAAUGAAAGAGGAUUGGAUCACUUCCUCUCUCGAGGAUAGAGUUGUUUUAGAGGAGAAGACGAUGUUCGCGUAUCGCCUUGCCAAAUACUUCAUCAGCACUGUGGCUAUUACGAUUAUAUUAUUCAUGUGUGUGCCGCUCUUGGAAAUCUACGUGCUCGGUGCCAGCGAGAAGAUACUCCCCUUCCGCGGUUAUUUUUUCAUCAAUCAAACAAUAUCACCGAUCUUCGAAAUCCUGUAUCUGUUCAACGUAACGGCGGGUGGUUUCGGUGGAAGCAUGAUCGCGGGAGCAACUAGUUUCAAUCUGAUAGUGAUAAUGCACGGGUCGGCCAAGUUUGCGGUUCUCCGGAAGAGACUGGAGGCUUUGAACGGCGCGGAUGCUAGUUCUACCUCUGUUAUGGCGGACUGCGUGCUACGACAUCGGAGAGCCAUAGAAUACGCGGACGCACUCGAGAGGAUCAUAAACGUACUGGCCUUAGGACAAUUCAUGAUUAGCACAGGCCUGAUCUGCUUCGCAGGAUUUCAGAUCACAUCGAUGAUGCAGGACAAGGGACGACUGAUGAAAUAUUCGACCUUCCUGAACUCCGCCAUUCUCGAGCUGUUCAUGUUCAGCUUCAGUGGGAACGGAUUGAUCGAUGAGAGCGAAGCAGUAGGUGAAUCAGCAUACAGCAGCGGAUGGAUCGGAAGUCGACUCAGUAAGAGUCUUCAGAUCAUGAUGAUGCGUUCGCAGACACCCAGCAAGAUAACGGCGGCGAAAUUCUAUAGCAUGUCCUUGCAGAGCUUUUCAUCGGUUCUCAGUACGUCAUUCUCGUAUUUCACGGUCCUUAAAGCUACCAAAGACGACUAAUGGUGUGGAUGAUGAACAGAGAUGUACGCGGCAUGCUUUAUGAUCGUAGCCGGAGUCACCUCGCGAUGACUCAACUUACAUAGAAUAUACUUAUAGUCGUUCCACUAGCCUAAAAAUAUACGUGUACAUACGACAUGCUAGUUGUCACUCGUUCGUUAAUUUUAGGAUCGAUCACAGGACGUAAGUAAGGACUUCUCGCAACGAGGUAACAAGCUUUCAAGAUAAACGUGAUUGAUUUAACAUUCGAAGGUUCACUCGAUUCUGAAGUACUAGCUAGAAUAAUUACGAUAGACUCAUUGUCACGAGCGUGGU